AUGUCCACUCCAAGGCUCCUCCGUGUUGGCUGGCACCGCGAGCACUUCCUCUCGCCUCUUCUCCAGCUCGUCGCUGAGGACGCGGGCAAGUCGCUCCAGCUCGUCGAGUGCCCUGGCGGCACAGGCGACAUGCAGGUCAAGCUCAAGAACGGAGAGAUUGACGUGUGCAUUGCCCUCACCGACGCCCUCAUUGCAGGCCUCGCGAACGGCAAGACCGACUACAAGCUCGUGGGUCGUUACAUCUCGUCGUCGCUGCGCUGGGCGAUCACUACUGGCAAGGACAGCAAGUACACCGAGGUGGACCAGCUUAAGGGCACGACGUUUGGUAUCUCGCGCCUAGGAUCCGGGUCGCAGGUCAUGGCAUCGGUGCUUAGCCUGCAACAGGGCUGGGGCCCAGAUGAACAGCCCAAGUUCCAAGUGAACGGGCAGUUCAAGCCUCUGCGUGACUCAGUGAACGCUGGUGACACGUCCGUGUUUCUAUGGGAGUGGUUCACGACCAAGCCGUACGUCGACUCGGGAGAGGUGCGCUUCAUCGGUUCCGUGUACACCCCGUGGCCGUGCUGGUCGAUCGCGGCUGCUCCCGCAGCGAACAAGGAGGCCGUGAAGACGUUCCUCUCCAAGCUGCAGCCCCACGUCAUCGAUUUCGACUCGGAGGCUAGCCGUGCCGGGCCUGCCAUCGACUUUGUCGAGAAGACGUUUGGGCAGCAACGCACGGACGUUGAGGAGUGGCUGAAGACGGUCAAGUGGGAACACCGGCUGGCCGAAGUCAGCGAGGCCGUCGUGCGCAAGACGCUCGGCGUUCUCCAGGAGGCGGGUGUCGUGCCGAAGGAGGGACAGCAGUGGGACAUGGCGACAUUCGUUGACACGGACGUCGCUAAGAUCGUCGAGUCCGCUGACCAGAUUAACUAG